GUGGAUUUUGGGAGCGCAGCAUUCGUAAACAGAGGAGCUGCUCAUUCUUUCGUAACACGGCAUAGCCAGAUCAUCCCAAAACAUGAAAACCUUCAUAGUUGCAUGCCUCUUGGCUACUGCGGCUCUUGCAACUGAACAAGGGCCACGUGGUGCUAGAAGCAAUGUUGGAGCCGCUAGUGGAAUCAGCACUAGGCUGUAUGCCGGAGGGGAACGAGUCGGUCCUAGCGGCGCGCCCGGAUUUACCGCAAGCAUUGGAGGACACGUCGGUGCAAGACUCGGGGGUCAGGCUGGUAUUGGCGCAGGCCCAUAUGGUUACGGGGGACCGGCAUUCUACCCUGGCGGUUAUGGGUCUCCCUGGGGUGGUGCCUACGGUGGUUAUGGCCCCUUCGGAAUGUCAUAUGGCAAUGGAUACUAUGGCUUCAACCCGUAUGGUAACUACGGUUCGUAUGGUGCGUUCUACCCGUAUGGCGGCUAUGGAGGACAUGGCGGAUACGGCGGAUACGGCGGAUAUGGCGGAUAUGGCGGCUAUGGUGGAUAUGGUGGCUAUGGUGGCUAUAACGGAUACAAUCAGUACCGAAGCCACGGCCCCUAUGGUUCAUCCGUAUCAAGUGCCGCCACUGGAAGCCAGGGUGCUGGCUCAUUUGGUGAAGCACCACCAGCCAUUGCUCCCCGGGCCAGUGUUGUCUCUGCGACCCCAUCAGCUGGUGCAUCUGGUGCUGCACCCGCUUCUUCAACGUAAGGCAUGAUCAUCACACUGCAAAACAGAAUUUUAAAAGUCAUCCGAAUCACUGACGGAGUGUAUACUCAAGAACGUAGACAGAAAAAGUGGAAGAGUCACUGGUAUCUAUCACUGGUAUUAUAAGACCAUUUUAUUUCCUUCAAAGAAAUAAAUAAAUUGUCUACUGCGCG